AUGGGUCCUUGCAAGGUUAAUUACAGUGUUCUUCUGCUUUCCUUUUUCAUUGUGAGUUUUUUUGUGCCACAUUGUCUUUCUAUUGGAGAUGAAGCCGACCAAAGAGCAUUUCUACGUGUAAAUGCUUCUGAAGCAUCGGGACGGCCAAUACCCAAAACACUUUUUGGAAUAUUUUUUGAGGAGAUUAACCAUGCUGGUGCUGGAGGGUUGUGGGCAGAGCUUGUGAGCAACAGAGGUUUUGAAGCUGGGGGACCUAUUAUCCCCUCGAACAUUGACCCUUGGUCUAUUAUUGGGGAUGAGGACUCAUCCCUUACAGUGUCCACGGACCGCUCAUCAUGUUUUGAGCUCAAUAAGGUUGCACUCCGAAUGGAGGUACUAUGUGACACGAAAGGUACCAAUAUCUGUCCUGCUGGGGGCGUUGGUAUUUAUAACCCGGGCUUCUGGGGCAUGGGAACGUAA